AUGGCGCGGAUAGUUCUUACUUUUGUUUGCUUGCUCUGGGCCUUGGUCCCAAUUUCAUUUGCCACAGAGGGAGAGGGAGAGGACAAAGGAAAAGGAAAGGGAGGUGGCGGGCCGGUCACCACCAUCCACAGAGAUGUCGCCAUUGUCGGUGGAGGCGCUGCUGGCUCCUAUUCUGCCGUGAGAUUGCGAGAGGACUUUGGAGUGAGCGUUGUUGUAAUCGAGAAGGACAACAAAUUGGGGGGGCACGUCAAUACUUGGGUUGAUCCGGCCACGGGGAGGGGUUUCGAUGCGGGUGUCCAAAACUGGAUCGAGAUCAAUAAUGCCUCAUCCUUCUUUGAACGUUUCGGCGUAGCAGUGCAGCCCAAUGUCCGCUCGGUGCUGGAUCAGCACUUCAUCGACUUCGCAACCGGCGCUCGACUGACCAACUACACCCCCCCUCCGACGGCCGACCGCUCUGCGGCUCUGAAAAGGUAUCUUGCAGCAGCCGAACGGUUCCUUCCCAUUCUUGAACCCGGAUGGUGGAACUUCCCCCAGCCCAGCGAGAUUCCAAGUGAUUUGCUUUUGCCCUUUCGCGACUUCGCGGCCAAGUACAACCUAACAGCCGCCCUCCCCCAAAUCUUUGCUACUACUGGAUUCGGAAAGCAUAACUUUAUGGAUUCCUUGACCCUCUUCUUUAUGCGCAGCUUCGACGUCAGCAUGGCGAGGACGUUGCUGGGACUCGAGGCCAACUUUGUUCCUGUUUCUCGUAGGAACCAGGACCUUUACGACGCCAUAUUGACCUUUCUCGGUCCGGAUGCGCUCACCAGAAGUACUGUCACGGAUGCAAAGAGAUGGGAUGGCAAGCGAGGUGUUACCCUGGAGGUUUACAAUUGGGCAACCGGUGCCACCACGCGGGUGAUUGCCAAAAAACUUCUCUUCACCGUUGCUCCCACAGAGGAGAACCUGGAGCCAUUCAACCCAAACGGCGACGAAAAGGAGGCCUUCAGCGGCUUAUAUUACAGCAGCAGCGUUGUGGGCAUCGUUUCCCACCCGUCUCUCCCGCUCCAAGCGUCCCUCGUCAACACACCAGAGGCGGCGCAGCCGGCCAACUGGGCUGCCGCUGCUCCUUCGUCUCCCUUCAAUACACGGUUCGAGAACUACCCCAACUCGACCUACUAUCGCGUCAUUGCGGUUGGAGAUCAAAAAUUCAAUAAAGAACAAGCAAGAGAUGUCAUUCAAAGCGCCUUUGAUAGAAUGGUCGCGGCAGGAACUCUACAACAGACAACACCACUCCAGAACUUAACAUUUCACCUUCUUGAGCCGCACGGGCCGGUGAGCGCAUCUGCAUCAAGGCUGGCGGUUGACACUGGCAUUAUUCAGAAGCUCAACGGGUUGCAGGGGAAGCGGUCAAUAUGGUACACGGGUGCCGCAUGGAGUGUGCAUCUGACAACCAGCCUGUGGAGGUUCACUGAUACGGUAUUGCCGAAGGUGGUAGCAAGUUUGUAA